AAAAAAAAAAAAAAAAGACCACGCCACCCAGAAUUUUCAGCUCACCUGCAUAAAAAGAAUUUUCUCUAACUUAUUUUUUGAAUAAUGGUCUCUCCUUCCAAACGAUUAGAACAAAUAUCUUCUCACCUUGAUAAUAUGUCUGUUUCUGUCUUUCAAAACGUACCUCAAGCUCCUGCUGAUGUCAUCUUUAGUUUAACUGCUGGUUAUAAAGCUGAUACUCAUCCUCAAAAGAUUAAUGUUGGUGUUGGUGCUUUUAGAACUGAUGAACUCAAGCCUUAUAUUCUUCCUGUAGUUAAAAAGGCUGAUGCUAUUCUUUUUAAUGAUCAAACUUUGGACCAUGAAUAUCAACCUAUUGCAGGACAACCUUCUUACACCAAAGCUGCCAGUCAACUCAUUCUUGGAAAAGACAGUCCAGCCAUUCAACAACAACGUGUAGGUGCAGUACAAACCAUUUCUGGUACAGGGGCCAAUCAUACUGGUGCUGCCUUCUUGGCUCAACAUUAUAAGGGAAGUGGCAAGUGUUAUAUCUCUAAACCUACCUGGGCAAAUCAUCGUAAUAUCUUUGAAGGUGUUGGAUUCAAGGUAGAAGAAUAUCCUUAUUGGGAUCCCAACUCAAAAGGUUUGAACUAUGAUGGUACGAUCCAAGCCAUUCAAGAAGCUCCUAAUGGUAGUGUAUUUAUUCUUCAUGCUUGUGCUCAUAAUCCUACUGGUGUCGAUCCUACUGUGGAACAAUGGAAAGGCAUUGCUCAAGCCAUGCGUGCUAAAGGUCAUUUCCCCUUCUUUGAUUGUGCUUAUCAAGGCUUUGCUUCAGGUGAUUUGGAUCGUGAUGCUUGGUCUGUUCGUUAUUUUGUUGAACAAGGUUUUGAAUUGUUUGUUGCUCAAUCUUUUGCAAAGAACUUUGGUCUUUAUGGUGAACGAGCUGGUAAUUUGACAUUUGUAUUGAAAACACCUGAAGAUACCAAACGUGUCUUAUCUCAAUUGGAAAAACUUCAACGAUCCGAAAUCUCCAAUCCUCCUGCUUAUGGCUCUCGUAUUGUGGAUAUUGUAUUGAAUGAUGAAGCUUUGUAUGCUGAAUGGAAAGAAAAUUUGAAAUACAUGUCCAAUCGAAUCAUCGAUAUGCGCAAGGCUUUAUAUCAACAUUUAUUGGAUUUGAAGACUCCAGGAACUUGGAAUCAUAUUGUAGAUCAAAUUGGCAUGUUCUCUUUUACUGGUCUCAAAGCUCCUCAAGUCAAAGUGAUGAUUGAAAAAUAUCAUAUUUAUCUCACAGACAAUGGUCGUAUCUCUAUGGCAGGCUUAUCAAAAAGCAACGUGGAAUAUUUCGCCAAGGCUGUGGAUGAUGUAGUUAGAAAUGUCUCUGUAUAGAAACUUUUUAUUUUAUUUUAUGAUUUUAUUUUUACAUAUAUAUAUUUAUGGUUUUAUUUGUUUGAUACCCAUUCUCUUUGUUUUUCAAAAUAUUCAAAAUAAAAAUAAAGAAUUGGUAUAGACAAAGUCA